AUGUGGUCUUUAAUUUUUGUCUUAUUAUUAAUUAUUAAUCUUCAAAAAACCGAAGGACUUUCUUGUUAUCAAUGUUCAAUGAGAUAUACUAAUGAAGAAUGUAAUUCUAAAAAUUCAACAUAUGCAACUGAAUGUCAACCAACAUUUGAUACAUGUCUAACAAUUGUACAAAGACCUGCUAUUCUUAAUCAAUUAUUAAUUACAAAAUACUGUACAAAACGUAAAGCAUGUGAAAAACAAUUAAAUUAUACUCAUUCAAUAGCACCAUGUCGACCAAAUGAUGAAGGUCGUAGUUGGAGUUGUGCUACAUGUUGUGGAGAUCGAGAUCUAUGUAAUUAUGAUGAUUCAAAUAUUUUAAAACCUAAUUUAAAAAUAUUAUUUGUAUAUAUCAUAUAUUUAUUGUUAUUAAUCAAGUAG